GGCCAGCUUGAGAAGAUCGUGGCAUCAGUGGAUUUGGAUGGCAAUGGAUUGAUCUCGCACAAGGAGAUGAAAGCCAUUCUACAGGACAAGGAUGCGGUAAGGGCACUCCAUUCGGUAGGGGUGGAUCCCGUAAGCCUGGUCGACCUGGCCGACGUUUUGUUUCCGACCAAAGUAGCAG